AUGCCUCUUCCUUUGCCACGUCGCGUCAUCCACUUUCCUGGACGUCGAUGUGUUGUUGGCAUGCGUGGGCAUCAGAAUGUACCGAUCCCAUGCGGACUAUCCAUGCUGACUAUCCCCUGCUUUUUUCUCAUUGCAAAGCACAGACUCAGAAAAUACCGUUUUGACAUUCCGCGCAACGACAUCAAAUGGCCUGAACGCUACGUGGUCCUGAGCGCCAUUGCGGUGCGACUACGAAGGCAUCGGCUCCGGAAGGACACCGCAGAUGCCGCUUCUGCUCGCGACGACAUCACGAAGAUCAUAGCACCAAAUCUGGAGACUCCGCGGCAAGGAAAAUGA